UUACCUCUGUGUAAACCUAAUAUGUAGAAAUAAGCUAAGUUAGGAAUGGAGGUGAAAAAGUUCAGAAGUUCUUCCAAAAUGCUUUUUUCCCCCUCUCAAUCUAUUUUUUUGAAAACUCUUUUUCCUGGAGAGAGGCUGAUGUGCAUUGUCAGUAAAAUUCCACCUCUCAGCGUUGAACAGGAACAUGGAGGAGGCUCGUCUGUCAUGUCCCCCAAACAUCACAGUGAAGAGAUGAUGUACUCUUGCCUUGGCCAUCAAAGGGAAGGGAUGCUUUUCAUGCUGUGUAACUCAUGGGCAGCUGACAAGGUAAGGACCAUUACUGCUGGCUCACCCUCCCAACUGGAACUCCGUCCCCAGACUCGGCUGGCCAGAUGUGGUCUCUGGUACGAGCAUUCCCUGAAAGCUGCUAUAGAGGAUCCAAACUGCCUGGAGUCCUGGGCUGCAGCCAGUUUGCAAGCAAUCAACCCACAACACCAUCCAUCCAGGGGAAGGAGCAGAAGAGACUUCAGAGGAGGAUAUAAAAAAGGUACAAUGUAGGAGGGGGAAACCUUCCCCUGCUGAGUCUCUCCUUUCUUCAAAGUGCAGUCUCAUUCCUGGGAGUGGUCUGCAACAGAGCAUUGCUCACCCUGGCCUCUUCGCUCUGGUUUCUAACAGCUUAUCAGGUGACUGACUGCAGCAGCUCAAGUUGCAAAGAUGGGGGAACACUCAAGCCAGUGUUAGGAGUAGUUAUGCAUGCACAUAAAUCAUGCAUGUGAAUCCUGAACCAUAUAUGGAACUGCAAAAGACCAAAGAAAGUAAUUUCUGCAGUUCAAAUAAUGAUUAUUCCAAUUUCAAAAAAUAUCUAGGUUACCAAAGGUUUAUUUGAACCAAUCUUGAAAGACAAACAAAAUCAUAUGAUGAAAUAAAGCUAAGCCUGCUAAAUGGAACAGCAUUUGGCAAAUGGCCUGUUUUAUAAAACAAAAGUGUGGAUAAUUCCUCUCUGAUGCAUAAUAUUGGUCUAAUAGGAAAGACUCUCUCAAUUUAACAAAGAGCUAAUUCAAGAUAUUUGUGAAUGCAAGGAGGGUUGUUUCAUGGAAGUUUUCAAAGGAAUUAGUACUUUUCUCUUUCUUGAACUUUUAGCUGAAUGUGGGCUGAAGUAUUUCAGGACUAGGUUAAAUGUUGUUUAAAAUGUGCCUUUUUAAAGCUCUCUAUCCCCUAGGUUUUUGCUAUUAUGUCUUUCUACUUCUAACUAAAUGAGAAAUCUUUGAACUGCUCUUGUUGUGUGAUUUGUUUGUGUGCUUUUAUAGGUUAAAACCUUCUACAUUCACAUUUAGCUGUGGAGGAAAUGUAUUAUUUUCCCUGAAAUGAGCUUAGACAAAUGCUUUCUGUUCUCUCAAGCCUGGAGUCCCUCAGGUAUUUUAUGCUUUAAAUAAUCCCUCUGAAUGGAUGAAAAAUGCCUUGUAACUUCCCAGCCAGCAGGGCGGGUGAGAUAGUCUGGUGGGAUUUAGGCACAGUAGUUUUCUCUUGACCUGUGCUCUGUUCUUGGAUUCCCAAGGACGGGAGAGGAUGGUAUACUGACACUUUGUAGGAGACCCUGCUGAUGCCACGGGGCUUUGAGCUCUGCCACCACGUGUGUUUAGGCAUCCUCUUCCUGGUCAUCUUCUGCUUUGUUUUUCCUCCUUCACUAAGAGUUUUUCUCCAUACACUAAGACACCCCAAAAGACACAUGGUGAUCCCUCUGAUGAGCCCAGCUGCUUUGCAGCCCCCAGAGCUGUGCCGUCCCCGGUGUUCAGAGCGUUUCCCUGCUGCAAGGAGAGCAGGGCCUGCAGGCCUGUCCGGGCCGGCAGCAAAGCGCGCACAGCGCAAUGCGCUCAGGGCUUCCGGGGACGGCAGCUCUGCUUACAAGGACCACGUAAAUCCCCAGGUUUUCCUAUCA